AGUGACGCAGGAGCGUCAUCAUCUGUAGGCGGAAAAGCGGCAGUGCUAAAGUGCCCCAAAGCCAAAGCGGCUGUUUUUCUUCGCUUCUUUAAAGCAAAGGUGAUCUGAUAUAAUACAAGAUCGUGUUUGAGGUGUUAUGGCGUUUCCUGCGGGUCAGACAGAGCUGCAAAUGGACAGAGGCGCCCUGAGCGGACAGACAGUCCCCUCUGAAAACAACAUAGACAUCGACGAGAAAGAGUUGGAUAAUAUCACAAAGAAACACCGAGAAGACGACACAGCGCUGCCUUUGCACUCGCCCUGGACAUUUUGGCUGGACAGGUCAUUACCAGGUACAACAGCGGCUGAAUGUGAGUCUAAUCUGAAGAAGAUCUACACCGUGCAGAGUGUUCAGAUGUUCUGGGGCGUAUACAACAACAUCCCCCCCGUGACAGCAUUGCCUUUGAGAUGUAGCUAUCACUUAAUGAGAGGAGAACGAAGGCCGCUCUGGGAGGAAGAAAGCAACGCGAAAGGAGGAGUGUGGAAGAUGAAAGUACCAAAAGAAAGCACUUUGACUGUAUGGAAAGAGUUGUUACUAGCGACAAUUGGGGAGCAGUUUGCAGAUUAUUGUGCCUCAGAGGACGAGGUGGUCGGCGUCAGUGUAAGUGUUCGGGAUCGUGAAGACGUUGUACAGGUGUGGAAUAAAGACGCUACUCUUGCAAACGAAGCUAAUAUCCUGGGGAAAGUCUAUGAACUCCUGCCUUUCAUAUCUUUUAAAGCUGUUUUUUAUAAGUCUCACAUGGAACAUCACGCCUUUGAGGGAGGACGCUCAAGACACUAAACCACGUGCACUUUGAUUUAUUUGAAAGCUGAACUGUUCCUGCCUUUGACGUAAAGACACUGUCCACAACAUUGUCAAGGGUAUUUUACGUUACUCAAAGAAAAGUUAAAAGUAUAUUUUUAUAACUUACUGAUGCCUUGCUUCACCAAGGAUAAUUUAGAUUAACAAAUGUCCAGUUUCUGUUAGAUCAUGUUGUGGUUGGCCUCUUUCUAACUCCGACAUAAACUGUUGCUGUCCUAUUCUCAGUACGCCUGAUGGACCUCAGUUGUUUCCUGAUAUAAAGCUAACAGCUAUGUAAUCUAGCUAACUGUUUCCUGUGUUAGAUGUUGCAGUGCAGGUCAUGGUCCCUCUGUGCCAAAGCACUUUUGUUUUUUAUCCUCGCAUUCUUUCAGUGUUUCAAUGGGAGGCUGGUUGCCCAUCUCUACUGCUAUAGUGAAUGUCUGUGAUGUAUGUUCUUAAUCUGUCAACUGUCAACAAAUCAGGGUAAUGCAUUUGCACGUAGAUAUAAUCCAGUCCCUCUAAUGGAAAGCCAUAUCCUAGCACAAACCCUGUACGGACAUUAGGACUCCAGAGCUUUACUUAAACUGCAGAAUUCGUUUUAGAA